CUGCAAGGAGCAUCGUUUUCUAGAUUUUCAUACAGUUGGUGCUCGAGGAUUACUUAACCAGGGUUCCUGGCAUUUGCAAGCAAUUAGUUCUCUACUUCUUUGAUUUCUUGGUAAGAAGAAAAAUGGACGGCCACAACUACCAAGACACACCAAUGCCACGUCGUCAUAGUAUGUGGGACGUCACACUCGCUCCAAAAUGGCGGCACAGGAAUCACUCGUUGGGUCUCGUCAACGUCUCCGGAUUUUCCCCAGGAUUAAGUCGGAUGAGUAUGAGCAGCAGCAGCCAGAGGACCCCUGCAACCCCGUGUUUCGUUAGUCCUCGAAUGGCCUUUUCUACGCAGUUCUCGUACGACUCUCCCAUACAGAUCCUGACCUCCAGCAGCCCUCGCGUCCUAACCCCUGCCGCGGUCUCCAAACUGAAAGGGCGGUGUUCACUGAAGCGGUUGUCCCGGCGCUGGAAGAUCGUCUUCAUCAUGUUCUUCACGGCUCUCGGCACGGGGCUCUUCGUCAGCAGGAAGAUGAGUGAAAUUUCAAGCCUGAACAACAAAAGUUCUUGUGAAAACGGUGGCCGCGGCUGUGAAACGGACCACCGCCAUCCAGGACUCGCCGAGAGAUUCAUGGAUGUAGUUUCCAUCGAGAAAGUCCACGAGCAUUUCCACACCCUAGCGAGAGGCCUGCACUUUGCUCGACACGGGGACCAGCGCAGAAGACUCUGAAGACCCAGAAAGAGAACAGGAACGUGAACAAGAGGAACUAGAUGAUGAACAGGCGUUGGGCGUUCCCGACAGGCACCCGAGAAGCCUCGGAGAACGGACCACGUACGGGACGAGAACUUCUGAAGGUGGACGAAAGGUGGUAGAAUCCGAGUACCAGGAGGACGGGGAAGUCGCUCCAGCCCCGGGCCAAAGGGCGUCGCACCUCGCACCCCCGCAGAGGCCGCAGGAGGUGAGCUACAGGCGAACGGGAAGUCCCCCAAAGAAAAUAGUAGCAGCCCAGAGCAGGGGCCAGGGAAAGCCAUCGCCUGCCUUUUCUCGACAGCAGAACCAACCGCAGCAGCAUAAACGGAACUCGCAGCAGAACCUUGGCCAGCGGAGGAGCGAGGGCCACCGAGGGCAAAAAGCUCCUCGAGACGGCCGCAGGUUCGUGCAGGCCAAGAGACCGGUCAGGACCCCGCCUGGUGUUAAUCCCAGAAGAUAUGAAAUGUGAUCGUCACUUCAGAAAACCCUUUGUGAAAUUUUAUGUAAGGUAAUCGAUAUUUUUUUUUAAUAUGAAGAACAUAGGUUGUGGAGACUACUGUAAUUUUUAAUAUCUCGAUAGGUGAUUUUUAUACAUUUUAAUAAGACGAUAUUUGGCUAAUAUAAUAAAGAAUUAAGGUAAAA